AUGUGUCUUAGAGUUUACUCUAAACCCACGUGGGACAUUCAGCGCCGGGAGCGUUGGAGGCUCGACCCUCCGUCUUCGAUUAACAAGCUAGAAGCACUAAUGAAGGCUAAGCUGCGGUACUUCUCACGGGGCGACUUCCAGCUGUUGUUGUUGCCGCACCCGCAGGAGGAGGCUGACCUGCCGCUGUGCCGCAGUGGCUCUGCAUGCGGCUACCUUCAGGUGAACGCCUAUGGCGUCAGCACUCAACAGUUUUGCCGCUGCGCCAGAACAGACGGCUCCUGCGACAUGCACUGGGAUCCACAGGACGGACACUCUAUCACCAUGGGCUCCGACCAGUUCAAGUUCUGCAGGUCGCCGCCACCUUUGCACGUGUGUGGCCGGGACGAGACAGCCUACUCAGCUGCAUUCAUAUUCAACAAGGCUACGUUCAGCAUGGCCGGCCAGCAACAUCUCCUGCAUUGCUUCUGCCCGCCGCCCCUCGCUCAUGUGCGUGCUGACGUAGUGGAAGACGUAGUGGACGGAGAGCUGCUCCUGGCUACCCUCCACUCCUGCUCCAGGCUGGAGGUGUGUACUGAGGAGGCUCCCUGCAAGGAGGUAAGCAUGGGUGGAGGAACGCCCCUGGUCAACCCUAAGUGCCGCUGCCCUAGGAAGACCUCCUGCCCCACCCUGGGCACCACCGUUGCCCCACACUCCAACACCUACCCUCAGGGCUCAGCCUACUCCGUGUUCUGCCACCCAGGGCCCGCUUAAGGGGUGAGACAACGUGACACUGGCUCAGUGUGCCCAGAAAAUGAUUGACAAGGAGCUGCGUGAGACUUGCGCGGAUUUAGAAAUCCAGUUUACAGACAGUGAUCAAGACACCCACAGCAUCGAAGCAUUAAAACACUUGCUAAAUGAUUUCGGAGGCAGUUAUUUCCCAGACAAAAUAUUGCAAUACAUGUCCUCAAUCCACUUGACGGCAUAAUUGCCAAAAUUUUUACAUGGCACUGAAAAAAACUUCAAUAUUGGCAACAUUAGUGAACACAGAAGAACUUAGCUUUACAAAUGUGAAAUCUAUAAAACAGUUUUUUUUUUUGUUUUACGAUAAACCAAGAUCGGUUGGACGUUUAUCACUCUUAUUAAGUGAACCUGUAAUUGUUGAGGAUUUAGAACUGGGUAAGAUAAUCCAAAGAUUUGCAGCUGUUUAGGCCUGAAUAGGUAAUCUUUGAAGCCGAAAUUUUGACUUGUAUAUGUGUUAUUAAUGCUAUUUGUUUAUUGAAUUUAAAUUAAUAAAGUAUAUUUGUUAUUUUAAGAUUUUAAUAAAAUGUACUGAAUGAAAAUAAACAAUAAAAUUAUAUCAAAAAG